UAAGCAAAUUUAAAAAUAUAUGUAUAUAUACAUAUGUUAUUCAGAAUAUAUGCUAUAAUUUGCAAAACAUUACAGGCCAGGACACAUUAUGGUAGCUUUGUACAAGCUUCUCAUAAAACUAACAUUCCUCAUGCUGCUGCUCACAACAAAUACUGUCGAUUCAACUUGGAAUGAUGCUGAAGGUGGCACAAUACCCAUCCCUCAAGACAAACUUAGCUGGCACCAGAUUAGUGUGGUGAAAACAGUAUUUUUGCUGUUGGUUACUUUAUGGUUUUAUAGUAUGCUUCCUAUUUCAAUAGCAAUACCUCUGAAUCAUUUUGUUGAAAGGAGGAGCCCAGAACUAAACAAGGAAAGAGCUUGCAAGAUGAUGUGCCAACUGAUGGCUACUGCAACCAGUGAACUGAUGUUAAAUAUGAAGGCUUAGGAAAUACAGUGAGAAAUAAGAAAUUUUAAGUGGUGAAUUAAAGACAUUAUGUCAUAUGCAUCAGAAUUAUAAGCCAGGCUUCUUUAAACACAUCAGUUUGCACACAAAGUGAACUUUGUGAAUUGGAGUACAGUACUUUAGGAGCAGAACCUUAUCUGAGAUAACAGUAGUUCAGUAUUAGCUGGAAGAGACAAUUUUCCCCAGGGUAUGGCAAAUAUUUAUAAAAUACAGAAUGAGGUAUUAUCAAAUGUAGGUAGUGUCCUCAACUGUGAAGAUUAAGGAUACUGGUCUAUAAAGCAGUAAUUCAGCAGCAUCACCAGCACACACACACACACACAAAACAUCUGGUUAUAAGUGAAAUUGAGAAUUACUUUGUAUGUAUAAGGCUGGGUCAUGCAUAGUGUUAGGGAUACUUAAUUUGGUGAAAGGUUAUUUAGCAAAGCAAAGAUGUCCAUUGGUCUCUUACAUUCCUGCUUUAUAAUUUUGCUUUUGCCAUAAAUGAAGUGAUAUUUCUGUGUUGGUUUUUAAAGGAAAAACAGCCUAACCAGGCAAACUGUACAGUCUGUAUGCAUUUGUAUCUUUAAUAAAUUCUGAAAAAGAUGGCCAAUCUUUAUGACACUCAGCAAGAUGUAAAUCUGAUCAUCUUAAACCAACUUUCUUUUGUAUUGAGAUCUUCUGCAUUAUGACAUCAACAUUUUGGAGGAAUUUACUGCCUCUUCAGGGUGAGAGUAAGGAAAGAAUGUAGUCUUAUCAUGUCAUGGUGACUGAGUGCAUGUCAGUGUGUCUGUGUGGUCCCUUCUUUUCAACUUUUGACCCAGUUGACCAAUAUUCAGAAACUGGAGUAUUCUGUUAGAGACCACCAAAACCUCAUACACACUUUAAUUUCCUGCACUCAGUAAUUCAAUUCAAUUCAAUUUAUUUUGUUCAUCAGAUCUACAUUGGCGAUGGCGCCACCAGAUAUAGAACACGUCAAAGGCCUAGUUACAAUAAAAUUAAUCCAGAGGACAACGUCAUUAAGAUAUUACAACAUAUCCACAACCAUUGCUGCAACAACUGUUGAUACAAUGCUAUAACUAAACACAGCAUGCAUAUAACACUCGCACUGCAACUUAUUAUCAUAACAAAAUACAUAUCAACAUUGUCAAUAACAGAGCAAAAUCAUAUCCAAAGAGUUAUGGGCAUCUUACAAUAAAAGUUUAAAAAUGACUAGUGUAGUUUUAUUUAUCUGUAAUUAGCACAAUCAUCCCUUGUUUUCCAUUCAUAAUACUCACCUAAAGAAUAAAAAGAGCCCACCUGCAAUUAAAUAAUUAAAUAGAACAUGCAUGUAACACUUGCACUGCUACUUAUUAUCAUAAUGAAAUACAUAUUAACAUUGUCUAUAACAGUAAAAUCAUAACUAAAGAAGUAUAGGUAUCCUACAAUAGAAGUUUUAAAAAUAACUAGUGUUGAUUCAUUUAUCUGUAAUUAAUACAAUCAUCUCUUAUUUCCCAUUCAUAAUACUCAUCUAGAGAAUAAAAAGAGCCCACCUGCAAAAAUUUUUAAGGGAAUAUUUGAAUUUAUUUAAAUCUUGUGAAAAAAUUUUUAUUCUAUGUGGUAAUUUGUUAAUUUGUUAAAUAUUCUAAUUCCAGUGUUAGAUACUCCCUUUUGAGCCCUGGUUGAUUUAUAAGUUGGAUAAUGUAGUUUGUAUCUUUGUCUCGUAUAAAUGUUAUGAAUAUCUGAAUUUGCUACAUACUUGUCCAUGUUUUUAACUAUGAAGACCAAUACUGAAAAUAUAUACUGUGAAUAAAAAGGAAGAAUGUUUAAUUUCUUAAAUAAAGGCCGACAAGUGUCCCUAUUUCCUGCUUUCAUUAUCACCCUAAUUAUUCUUUUCUGAAUUUUAAAUAUUUGUGUACUAUAUGUUGAAUAUCCCCAGAAUAUUAUGCCAUAUGACAUUAUAGAAUGAACGUAGGCAUUAUGUAUCAUCAAUAAGCUCUCUAGGGACAAUAUUGAGACUAAAACUCUUAUAGCAUAACAAGCCAAGCUCAAUUUGCUGGCUAUUUGUUUGAUAUGUUCCUUCCAUGUUAAAGUACUAUCAAUUGUCAGCCCAAGGACAAUGACAACACAGCAGACAUGCAAAGCUUAUAUGAUGGAAGCUCCAGCAAUGGCAGAGCAACACAAAGAGUAGAGCAUCAGAUGAACUUUAAGGACACCAUAAUACUGUCUAGAAUGACAGGCUAUGUGGACCAUUUACGGAAAGAGGCUAUUGAGGUCCAGCUGCAGUUUCACAACUUCAACAGCAAUAUGGAAUUCAUUUUACA